AUGGGCAAGAAAGUGAUUACUCCCAAGGCCAAGGCUGCGCCAAAGAAAACGGCAGCGAAGAGCAAGGCGAACAUGUCCAAGCUAGCGAGGGCUGCAAAAGCCAAGGUAGAGAAGAACUCACCGCGACCCCAGAAGAAAGGCCCAAAGGCCGAGAUCGAUGAGACAGAUGCGCAGACUUCGGAAAGCACCAAAGGCCUAGGAUACCCAAGAGGCACGAUCAGUGCCUUGAUUACUUCGCUGAAAUACCAAGCGAAGGCGAAGAAGGUGACGGAGGAUCAGAGGGCUGAUUGCAUGAAGACUUUGAGCGAUACUGAGUACCAGUCGGGCGACCUCGCUACCCAGCGAUCCAUCUUGAACAACCUCUCCAAGUUCGGUGUCCAGAACUGCAGCUGGGUGCACACUCUUCACAAAACCACGACCAACACAGAGGUGGAGGCUGAGCGAUUGCGAACCAACUUCUUGACCCGGAAAGCAAUCUUCAAGCUGCAGGGUGUGGAGCACAAAGACUUGUCGGAGGAGGAGCAAGCUGAGGUUUUGGAAGAGCUGCUCACGGCCCAGGAGAAACUCUUCGGCUACGAGCGGCACGUGGAACGACAUGGGAAGUUCCGAGUGUUGGAUCGCUUCUUGUUCAAGUGGUCCGAGGGUCAGACGCUUGACACCGCCACGACCAGCCAAACCCAGAGUGUUUCGACUGCCACAAACUUGAAGAAAACGGGCUCUGCAAGGGCCGUGGAGAUGAUGAAGCAUGGUGGCUCGCUCACUGAGGGCGAUGGGGAUGGCGAGCCGAGCACAGCGAAGCCCAGCGAGAGCUUUGGCCUCUUGAAGGAGAAGCGAAGGGAGUUGGAGUCCUUUCGUACGAGAUUGAGCAAGACGAGCGAGGACUUGCUUUUCGUCCUGACACAGGUCCGCAGCUUGGAGGACUCCUCGUGGGCCAAGAAGGAAAGCGAGCUGCAGAAAGCCUGCACUGCUUUGGACGGUUUUCUUCAGAAGAUUCGCUCUGCCCUUGCUGAGAAGCUCCCGCAAGACGUUGCCGACGACUACACAACCCAGAUUGGCGACUUGGCCAAGGUGCUGGAGGAGGCCACUCUACACGAGAAGGCUUCCAAGCAAGUUUUGAAGACGGCUAGAGCACUGCUGCUGUGA